GAACCGAUUAAAACUAUUUGGAAAAGAAUAUUGAAAAAAAACAAACCUUUGGAUCCAAAAGAUAUUAAAAUGUUUAUUGGUUCUGCAUUAGUAGCAUCUGAUAAUAAGAUAGGUUAUGAAGUAGAAGAAAUUAUAACUGAAUUAGGUGAUCCUGAGAGUGGUGUCAAGAAAUUAAGAGAAAUUAUGAAUUUUCCUUCAAUGUCAUGUGAUGCGGGUCUUGAUAGUGGUGUGUUAUCUUUUCAACAUGUUAUAUUACCUUUAUUGGGUUUAUUCACCAGAACGGCUAUCACUGAAUGUAUUUUGGAAAAAUAUGUUCUUGCAAUCUUUACCGUCGUCUAUGAAAAUCUUGACUCAUUUCUUUAUAAUAAUGUAAUGAAAAUGUUGGAAACGUUGGUACAACGUAAUAGUGUUUGUGAUUCUCGUGUUAGCGAAGAUGUAUUAUUGUCGCGUGAACGUUAUACAUUUAUCCCGUCUUCUUUAGGAAUAUUUUUUUUGGUAAUCGUACGACUUCUUACAGAAUUAUUACGUCGUAUCAAUGAUUCAUCAAUUAAUGAGACGAUGCAUUAUAUUGCAUAUGAUUUAUAUCGAUUAAAAACUAUGUAUCAAGAAUCGAUUGAACAACAACAAUUUGCUCCAACAGAUCCAUUAACUAAUAAUUUGGGUACUAGAAAAUUUUUUUUCAUGAUAUUAGAAAAAGAGAUGAAAACUAUGGAUAAAAUGUUAAAUAAUGGACGUAAUAAUUUAAUGUUUGAUCAAAAUCCUGAAGCGAAAAAAAUAAAUGUAAAAUUAGAUCAUUUAUACUAUAAAGAAUUAGCUAGAAGAGUUGACGCUGAAAGAACUUAUGAUCCACCUGGUGAAUUAUCAAAAUAUGGUAAAAGGCACGAUAAUGAUUUUUCAGAAAUUUCAAAAAUUUCAAUUAUUCCUACGAAUGAAGAAAUUUUAUGUGAACGUUCACCUUUUUUACCUACUUCACAUCGUUAUUCAUUACAUUUUUUACCUGAUGGAUCGGCUAGAUUACUUGAUACACAAUUUCGCCUAUUAAGAGAAGAUUUAUUAAAUCCAAUUCGUGGUGGUUUAUCAAAUUUAUUAACUGCAUUAUUACAAGAACAUUCUUCUUCUAAUGAUAAUGUUAUUAAAUUAUCAAAAGAAUUAAAGAAAGUACGGGAUUGGGGUGGUAGAUUUUCUUAUAAUGAUGGUACGAAUGAAAACAGCGAUUUACAAGUAUAUACGAAUAUACGAUUUUCUAAUAUUACUUGUGAUAAAAGAAAAGGUUUUGCUUGUACUAUAAGAUUUACUCCUCCAAAAAUUAGCGCAAAAAAUGCAAGAGGUAGAAGAGAAUUUUGGGAAAGAAGUAAAAGAUUAUUAAAUGGUAGUUUAGUUGCUGUUAUAUUACCUAAUCCAAAUCCUCAAGAAAAGAAUUCAAGUAGUAAUUCUUCUAUAAGUAAUUCUGAUUUAUAUUUACUUAAUUUUGGUGUAGUAGUAACGAGAGAUGAAAGAGCUUUAUCAAAAGAUGAAAAUUUUGCGGAGAUUGAUAUCAAUUUUAUUGAUCCAUCAAUUUAUUCUAUCGUGUUAAGUGAGAUCUCAAAUUUUGAUAAAACUAAUAAAAAAACAUCAUCAAAAAAUAGAUUUAUGGUAGAAUCAACUGGUGUUUAUUUAGAAUCUUAUUAUCAUAUUCUUAAAACUCUUCAAACUACAAAUCCUUCUUCGUUACCUUUUGAAAAAUAUUUGGCUCCUAAUUUUAAUGAUUUAAAUGUUAAUAAUGGCGAUGAUACAAAAGGAAAAAUGAGAGAAGAAAUGAGGGAAGAAAUGAAGAAAGAAAUGAGUAAUAUUUAUGAUGUGAAAGUUGAAAAUCCUUUGUACACUAGAGCACCAGGAUUUCAAUUCGAUUUAUCAAUUUUAUGUAAAAAUCAACAUAAUUUGCAAUUAAAUGUCGCUGAUGAGAGUACUCACGAUGAAGUGGUAAAAGAUAUCGUUAAAUAUAGUAAUAUCGGUAAAUUACCUGAUGGAUCUCCUUAUGGAUUAGACGAAACUCAAGCCAAGGCGUUGAUAUCUUCUCUAACGCGUGAAAUUGCACUAGUUGAGGGACCACCUGGUACGGGUAAAACUGUAAUUGGAGUUCAAUUAAUGAAAGUAUUAUUAGCUGAAGAAAAUCGAAAAACAAAUAUUGGUCCAAUUCUAACCAUUUGUUUUACCAAUCAUGCUCUUGAUCAAUUCCUGGAGUAUUUACUUGAUGAAAAUAUAACAAAUAUAGUAAGAUUAGGAUCUCGAUCAAAAUCAGAAAGGAUCAAAAAAUAUAGUUUAGAUGAAGUUUGUAGAGAUCGUGUUCGUACCAGAAAAGAAGCUUAUCUGUUAGCAAAAUUAUAUGAAGAGAUUGAAAAGAUAGAAGGUGAUGCUGAAAAAAUAAGUCGUUUUUUAAUUAGGAAAUCGAUGGGAUGGAAUGAAAUAAGUGAUUAUUUAAAGGAACAUCAAACGGAAUUUUUUAAUAAGUUCAAUAAUGUAUCUGAACAAGAUUUACCAAGUUGGGUUUUAAAUAUUAAUGGAGAAGAAGGAUUUCAGAUUUUUAAGAAAAAAUACCCAUUUGAUGAAUGGUUAAAAGGAUCGGACAUUACAACAAUUAAUAAAAGAAAAAAACUUGUGUUAAAUCCACCAAAGAGUAGUAAGAAAAAAGACAAGAUAGGAACAAAUCAAAAUAUAUAUGAAUUAUUAAAUAAAGAAGAGACCAAAAAUGAAACGGGUACAAGCAGUAAUGAAUCACAAAUUGAAGAUGAUACGAUAAAUUGGAUUAAAAAUUAUAAUGAACCAAUGACAGAUCGGCCUUUGGAAGAAAUAUCAAAUGAUCAUUCAAUUUGGAGAAUGUCGGUAGUAGAAAGAAAAAAACUUCAUGACCAUUGGCGUACAAAUAUUUAUAAAGGAAAUGUUGAAAAAUUGUCAGAAUUACGAAAACAUAAUGAAGUAAAACGUAAAGAAGUAAAUAAUAUUUAUGAUGAAGGACGUCGUCAAGUAUUAUUAAGUAGUGAUGUUAUCGGUGUGACUACAAAUAGUGCAGCUAAAUUUCAUAAUAUAAUUAGAUCAAUUGGUCCCAGAAUUAUCAUUUGUGAAGAGGCAGGAGAAGUAUUGGAGGCUCACAUUCUUUGUUCAUUAACCCCAUCGACUCAACAUUUGAUAUUAAUUGGCGAUCAUAAUCAACUUCGACCUCAUAUUGCAACCUAUUCUCUUAGUAUGGAUUCAACAGCGGGAAAGAAUUAUCAAUUGGAUAAAUCAUUAUUUGAAAGAUUAGUUUAUGGUGAUAAAGCAGUUAAAAUCGAGAAAGCCCAACUUUUAAUUCAGAGACGUAUGAGAAGAGAAGUUUCUGAUUUAAUUAGAAAUACACUUUAUCCAAAUUUAAUUGAUGGUGACAAUACUACAAAAUAUGAGAAUGUACGUGGAGCUCAACACAACGUUUAUUUUAUCGAUCAUAGAAAUCCAGAAGAUAGUACAGGUGGGGAGUAUGCAAUAAAAUCACAUGUAAACAGAUACGAGAUUAAAAUGGUUGUUGAGAUGGUAAAAUAUUUCGUUAGGAAUGGAUAUACUAAACCCGAUGAUAUAGCCGUAAUUACUCCUUAUUUAGGACAAAUGAUUAAAAUUAGAGAUGCUUUAGCUAAAUCAUUUGUUGUUGUUAUUGAUGAAAGAGAUGAACAGAAUAUUACUGAAAUGGAAGAACGACAAGAACAAGGUGGUACAAAUAAUAAUAUAAAUGAUGAUGGUAUAAGCGAUACAUCAAAAAAAUCCUUAAAUCAACAAGUUACUUUAAGAACUGUCGAUAAUUUUCAAGGUGAAGAAGCAAAUAUUAUUAUUGUUUCGUUAGUUCGUAAUUUCUCUAAUUUACCAAGUGGAUAUGAUUCUAUUGGAUUUCUCAAAAGUACUAAUAGAAGCAACGUAUUAUUGUCGCGUGCUCGUAAAGGAAUGUAUCUCAUUGGUAAUUCUGAUUUAAUGGCAAUGAAAUCUAAAGAUAUGUGGGCUCCGGUAAUUAGUAUUUUACAUGAACGCAAUCAAGUUGGUUUUGGUAUGCCAAUUGUAUGCAACAACCAUCCAGAUUACAAGAAUAUUAUCGUUGAGCCUGAUCAAUUUGAAAAAGUUAGUCCAGAUGGUGGAUGCAACGAAAAUUGUAACACACCACUUCCUUGUGGACACAUAUGUAAGUUUAAAUGUCAUAUAGAUAAUCCUGAACACAUUGGGAUCAAAUGUAAUGAGCGUUGUUUAAAAAUAAAUCCAGAGUGUAAUCAUCAAUGUCAAAAGCGUUGUUUUGAAAAUUGUGGAGGUUGUGAAUUUCUUGUCGGAAAUAUCAUAUUACCUGGUUGUGGUCAUGAAUUAAAAAAUGCUAAAUGUUGGCAAGAUCGAGCUAAAGAUUCAAUUAAAUGCAAAAUCUUAGUUCCUAAGAAAUUACUACAUUGUGAACACUAUCAAAAUAUUUACUGUUCUGACCCUAUUAGUACUAAUGAAAAAUGUAUAGAAAAAUGCAGAAAACAAUUGGAAUGUGGCCAUGAAUGUUUAAGUGAAUGUGGUAAAUGUCAAAAUCGAUCUAAGCAAGAAGGAACAGAUACAACUGACCCCAUUGAACGAACACAGCAUGGAAAAUGUCAAACUGUAUGCGAUAAAUUAUUAUUUUGUGGACAUAAAUGUAAAAGCCAUUGUCAUAAAGGAAAAGAAUGUCCACCAUGUAAGGAUGAUUGUACAGUAAUAUGUGAGCAUGCAUCAUGUAAUAAGCGUUGUUUAGAACCUUGUGCUGUAUGUGCAGAAAAAUGUUCAUGGGAAUGUGAACAUCAAGGAAAAUGUGAAUUAAGUUGUGGAUUUCCUUGUUAUAGAUUACCUUGUAAUGAAAGAUGUGAUAAAAUAUUAGAAUGUGGACAUAACUGUGCCGGAGUUUGUGGUGAGAUUUGUCCUUCAAAAGACUUUUGUGUUGAUUGUGCCCCUGAAGUAGUUAAAAAUCAAGUGUCAGAUAUAAAUUCCAAAAGUACGUUUAGUGAAAUAGAUUGGAAUGAAAAAAGAAUGGUUGUUCUUACUUGUAGGCAUGUAUAUACUAUGGAAACUAUGGAUAUGAUUAUGGAAAUGAAGAAUUAUUACGAAGGUUCAAUUAAAGAAGGAUGGAAAUCAGUUAAAAUACUUCCAGCUUUACUAAUGAAUGCGAAGACGUGUCCAACAUGUAGAACACCAAUUAAAAAUGUCAAGAGAUAUGGACGAAUUAUUAAUAAAUACACAUUAGAUAUGCAAAACAAAAAAUUCUUAUUAAAAUAUGAUUCCCACUUAAAAGAAAUCAUCAUGCAAAUUAUUACACUUAGAGAUGAAAUGAUCGUUAAGAGAAAUAUAUUAAAAAAUGCUUUACCAAAACACGAAUCAAGACCAAUGAGAGUUGUACUUGAAGUACGUAACAAAGUUGUAAACAAAAAAUUGCCUGAAAUUAUAUCUCAUACAUAUUUUGAGAAUAUUGGAAUGUAUCAUGGAUUUGAUAGACAAAGCAAAAAAGCUUGGGUUGCUCAUGUUAACAAAUUAUUAGUAAAUUAUCAGAAAUUAGUUUUAAUUGCUGAAGCUACAAAUUUUCCACCACAUAAAAAAGCCUUUGAUGCUGUUUUAAGUUUAUAUCGAGAUAAUACUUUAAGUUCCAUUUCUUCCGAAACUUUUCAGGAAAUGCUUUCACGAGUAGGAACUUCAAUACCUCAAGUUGAUCGAAGAAUUUAUUUAGAUGCGUUUUUUGAAAUUGUAAAUGUACAAAAAAUUUUACAUCGUGAAAUUUUAUUCAUAAUUCAAGAAUUAUCAAAAGAAUCAACACCCACUGCUACAGUUAUUGAAAAUACCUUAAGUAUUAAAGAAGUUUGGAAGAAAUUUAUCGAAAGAUUACAACUUUCUAUUAACAAUCAUUUAAAUACAAUAGGAGAAAUAGCAGAAUCCACUCAUUAUGGUAGACAUUUACUUUUGGUUAAUGUUGAAAUAUUAGAAUUUGAUCUUAUAUUAUUCACAUAUCAGUUAAGAUUCUCACCUAAUGAAAGUACCGAUAUUGAUGAUACUAAAUCACUUCAAGAAAGAAUUACAGAAAAAUGCGAGGAUAUUAAAAAACGUAUUGUAAAUAUAAUUGAAAGUCAGAGAUAUAAAAAUUCUGAAGAGGAAUUUAAGAGUGAUAUUCACGCGAGACUAGUAAAUUUAUUAGAAAAUUGUAAUGAUAUUGAAAAUUGGGACGUGAAUUCAAGUGACACUUUAAAUAUUGAAGAAUUAUUAGAAAUUCAUCAAGCUACAAAAACUGAAUUUAAAAGUUCAGAACAUUGGUAUGAGUGUCCAAAUGGUCACCCAUAUACGAUUGAAGAAUGUGAUGGAGCUAUGCAAAUGAAUAAAUGUCCUGAUUGCAAUGAGCAAAUUGGUGGAGAAGGUCAUCAGUUAGUUAAUUAAAUUCAGAAUUUUGUUUUACGUAACGGCCGAUUUGUACAAUGUAAUGUUAUUUAUUUAUUUAUAUAAUAUUCUUUUAUUUUAUACAAACGAAUUAAAUAAAUGAUUUUACUUAUUUUGUUA